AUGAAUAUUUUAUUUAAUUCAAAAAUAAUAUUAAAAAACAAUAUAGGAGGGAAAUCCAAUGUGUGUCGAAAUCAUUGUGCUUUUAUAAAAUCUCAACAUAUAAAUUUUUCGAUAUCAAAUGAAAAGGAUAAUAUUAAAAAAAACGUAGCCAAAAAUACAAAUACGGGGUUUAUUGAGUUAUAUCAUAAAUUGCUGGAAACGAAAAAAAUAGAAAAGGAUCCUUUCCAAUAUAAGUUUAUAUUAAUAUUACAAGCCUUCGAAAACAACAUAAAUAAUUACUACCAUAAUGUUGAGAAAAAAGUGGAAAAUGACAAAACAUCUAAAAAAAGUUUUUUUAGCUCAUUUUUUAAAAGUGAAAAAAAAAGAGAGAGAGGAAUCAAAGGAAAAGAUAUGGAAGAAGUUGAAGAAAGCGAAGAAGAACUUGGGAAAUUAGAAAAUGAUGAUAAUUUUUUCAUAUUUGAUGAUAAAAUAAAAAUAGAAAAAGAAGAAAAUAAACUAAGAUAUGAAUGUAUAAACAACGAAAAUUCUUAUAAUAAUAAUAUUAAUGGUUGUAUAAAUAUAGAAAAAGAAAAUGGAAUAAAAUAUGUAAGGGGUAUAUAUGUUUAUGGAAGUGUUGGUAGAGGUAAAACAUAUUUUUUAAAUUUAGUUUUUGAUAGAAUUAAAAUAGGGAAAUUAAAAAUACAUUAUCACAAUUUUAUGCAAAAAAUUCAUAAAGAUUUUCAUGAAGAAAAAUUAAAUAAUUCAGAAGAACCUAUAAAAAAUAUAUCAAUAAAAAUGAGUAAAAAAUAUAAAUUAAUAUUUAUUGACGAAUUUCAAAUAGUACAUAUAUCAGAUGCGAUGCUUAUUAAAUCAUUAUUUAAGCAUUUAUUUUAUCAAGGUACUAUUUUAAUAUGCUCAUCAAAUAGAAACCCUUUGCAUCUUUAUCAUAAUGGAUUAAAUAGGGAAAGAUUUAUUCCUUUUAUAAAAUUAUUAUUUAAGUUUAAUUAUAUAUAUGAAAUUGAUAACUAUCAUGAUUUUCGUUUAAGAAAUAUUAAUCCAGAUAAUAAUAUUUAUAAUAUUCCGUCUAAAAAAAUUGAAGAAAUAAAAAAAUUAUGUGUUAAUAUAUAUAUGAGCACAUAUAAAAAAAAUAUAGACUAUGUUAAAAAUGUAGAAAAAAUUAAUCAUAAAAUUUUUGUAUCAAAUUAUAAAAAAUAUAUCGUUCCAUAUAAUAUAAAUAAUUAUGCUAUAUUUUCUUUUAAAGAUUUAUGUUGCCAAAAUUCAAGUAUAGACGAAUUUAAUGCUAUAUCAAAACAAAACAACACUAUAUUUAUUUAUGAUAUUGAAAAAAUGAAUGAAGAAAUUAAUGGAAAUGAAAUGAGACGUUUUAUUCUUUUAAUAGACAUUUUGUAUGAAAAAAAUACAAGAGUUUUCUUUUUUAGCGAUAUACCUAUUUUUCAAAUUUUUCAAACAAAUUCAAUUAUUUCAGAUUUUCAAAAUCUGAUAGAAAAAAUGAAACAAAGGUUUGACAAUUUUAAUCAUUUUAAAAACCAUUUUGAUAAACAAUUAAAGUCGAGUACUUUCAAUCGACUCAUUUUUAGUAACAUUGUUCAUUCUUUUGGAAUACCUCAAGAAAUUUGUAACAAGCUUUUUGAUGCAAUCAAUUAUAAUAUUAAUAAGGAAUAUAUACCUAUAGAAUACCUAAGAAAUAUUUUAUGUUUUCACAUUAUAAAUUAUGAAUAUAAUAUAAAAGGAAGUUUGAAUUAUUUCGAAGGUUCCAAUGUCGAGUUGAAGCCGAUUCCAUAUCUAUUGUUUGACGAAAAUGAUAUAGAUACAUCCCAAGAAAAUGCAUUUGCUUCUAUGAGAACUUUGUCUAGAAUAAAGCAUAUGUGUACAAUAGAAUAUCUGGAAAAACACAAAAAACUAUAUGAAAAUGAUAUAUAA